AACAUGGCAGCCUCCUCAUUUGGGCGUUCAUUUUGUUCUCUCUUGUGAGAAAACGGGCGAAAAUCUGUCGACAUAUCCCGUGUUAGCGUAAACCGCAUACACUCUGUCGAACUGUGACAUUUCGUGCUUCGCCUGGAAUUGAAAUAUAAUGUCAGAGAUCGAGCCGCCCAAGAAACGGGUGAAAUACGCGAGGGAAGAACUGGAGGCGUUGGACAGGGAGCGCUUGAUCGCCGCGUGGCUCGUCCAGCAGACCCACGUCGACGCGCUCGAACUGAAGGCACGCUGCGGCGACGCGACGACGAUCGACAGUGAUGAGAUCGCAGUGCUUCGUGAGUCGGAGGAGAAGCUGAGGCAGCAGCAGAUCGAGUCGACGCGGCGCGAGAACCUGCUCGUGAUGCGGCUCACGACGAAGGAGCAGGAGCUGCAGGAGUACUCCAGUCAGAUACAGGAGUUGAAGCAGGCGCAGACACCGAGCGCACUACAGCUGCGGUCCAUGUUGCUCCAUA